AAUUGUGACAAGGUAACUAUCACAGCACCUUCAUUGGCCCCUUAUAAACAGCUGCCAGCUGUUAAAGAGCAAUGCCUGGCACUGCCUGACUUUCAUGUAGGACUGACUUGUUGAAGAGCAAAGGUAAGGGGAACUGAGCCCACUCCCAUUUUCAUCUUCCAAAAUCUUUUCAUGCCCUGAAACUUUCUCCACAGGUGUCUCAAAAGUUGGUAAAAGGUUGUCCUGGCCUUCAGAGUACUGGGACUUGGGGAGUAAACAGGCCAAAAUAUGAGAAAUAAUGAAAGGGAGAGGUCAUGGAAAUUCAUAGCUUAUCAAACUGAUGCUCCUUUCCUAGUUUAAUACUGCAGCUAUGGCUCUGUAGCUUCUGAAAAUUGUAUUUACAGGUGUGGAUGAGAAAUCAGUCGUGUUUUGGCUGUGAUUGUGAUCCUUGUUUGUAGGUGCUCGAUAAUGAGUGGCAGGUGAACUCUAGCAUGUGAAAGUUGUUCUCUACUACAAGUUUUUUCUGAUAAUAAAAGAAAGAUACUGGAAUUCAUUGAAUGCCAGAGAAAUUCAAGAGCUUUGGUUUUAUUUCUGACAUGAAUGAUCUGGUUUGUAAUGCCUGUGCUUUACUGGACAUUUAGUACUGGAUCAAAAUCUUCUCCCUUUGACUGAAAUUGGAAUAUUUCCCUUACCCCUUCUUCCAGUGUUAUUACAUCACACAGAGCAUUUCUUCUGCUUCAGUACAAUAAAAAAGCUCUCUCUUGGCCUCUUAUUUAUUAAGACCCUCAGAGGUGACAUAAGGAUUACUUGAUGAUUUUUGAAGUGUGGUUGAUGAAGAGAAUUAAGAAAAGUAGAACUAACUGAAAAAGGCUAUCUGCUGUCCUUCAGGACAUCAUUGUUGAAAGAGGAUUUUAAAAUACUGUAUGUUUUAAUAAGGCUUGUCUUUAAGUAGCUAAGAACAGUGGGAAGUUUCAGGCUGUGAUCUGUUUCCAUCAAGAUUGCUCUGGCUUUACCUUGCCUCUAGAAUAUGGUAUUCAAAAUGUCUCAAACAUUUGUGAGUUUGAUGGUUUUUAAAACAUUUUGCUUGCUUGUGCUAUUAACAUUUAAUUAGCCAUCUGUUUGAAAAGGAUCACUCUAACUGAACCCCUGUAAUUUUCACGCUAUUACUCAAACCGAUAGCCAAGAAAGAAAACAGACAGAUGCCUAAGUCCUCCUUUUUUGGUCCUCUUUCCUCCUUAAAAAAACCGACCAAGCCUGUGUGGAAAGAAGGAACAGUAUCUUUUCUCAUAAUUGGAAAUAAAUCUUUGUCAGGUAGAGGCUGCCAGCUGUGAGCUGUUGGACUUGUUUUCCUGGAAAUUUUAAAAUGAGUAACAGUGGUGCAAAUGUAAAGUCAUCCUACUAGAAAACUGGCAUGAUACACAAAUCCUUUAGAUUACACUCCUAAAGUUAGGUUUGGGACCUAACUUUCUACUUUCUUGCGGAGUUGAGAGUGCCAACAGCCACAGAUGUAAUUCUCCCCUCUGCUUGGUUAUUGGGAGGAGGUCACCGAGUAGUGCUUCAGGAGCAGCUCUCAACUGUUCAGCUCUUGAUUCUCCCCCCAUACUCAGCACUGGUGAGGCCACAGCUUGAGUCCCGAGUCCAAUUCUGGGCCCCUCAGUUCAGAAAGGACAUUGAGGUGCUUGAGCAAGUCCAGAGAGGAGCAGUGAAGCUGGUGAAGAGUCUGGAGCCAAAGUCUGAUGAAGAGCAGCUGAGGUAGCUGGUGUUGUUUAGCCUGGAGAGAAGGAUUUUUAGUGGAGUUGUCACGCUCUACAACUACCCAGAAGUAGGAUGUAGCUGGGUGGGGGUCAGCCUCUUCUCCCAGGCAACCAGCAACAGGACAAGAUGCAUAGCCUUAAGCUGCACCAGGAGAGAUUCAGGUUGGACAUAAAGGGAAUUUUACAGAAAGGGUGGUGGAGUUACCGUCCCUGGAGGUGUUUAAGGAAAGAGUUGAUGUGGCACUCAGUUCUAUGGUCUGGUUGACAUGGUGGCGUUUGGUCACAGGGUGGACUCCCUGAUCUCAGAGGGCUUUUCCAACCUAAUUGCUCCUGUGAUUCCGUGACAGCUUCGUGAGGCCAUAUCACACUUUGGGCCAUUCGGUGCAUGUCCCUGCAGCCCGUGCCGAGCAGGACCAUGCCGCCGCCUUCUCCCCGCCUGCUGGGCCGCGCUUCCCGGCCUACAGCCCCCGCCGCGCCGCGCGCCGCCGCCUGCAUCCAGCGCAUGCGCCCCGGCAGCGGUGUGUAGGGCCGCGGGUCGGGGCCGGGCGCCCGUCCUGAGGGGACGGCGGUGGCGGCAUCAGGAGAGAAGUUGGAAUAAAGGAAGAACAGUGCCUUGAGCCUUCUUUUUCAGGUACAUCACACCCGUCUUCUAGCAGGCUGGAAUCAAUGGUGGUGAUUUGUUUUGGACUCUGAAUUCAAAAAGGGAGUCUGUGAUUAACAGGAGUGUAACAUCUCACCUCUGCAGACAGCAUUUCUGGACCUGCUGACACCUGUGCCACUCAGCCUAGUGCAAUGUCAGGCCAUCACACUCCCUCUCCUGGGGGUCCCUUCUCAGCACUCACACCCAGCAUUUGGCCUCAGGAAAUCCUGACAAAAUACACACAGAAAGAAGAAUCCGUUGAGCAGCCGGAGUUCCGCUAUGAUGAAUUUGGUUUCCGAGUUGACAAAGAAGAUGGUGCUGAGCCAAACUCCAGCAAGCUUCUGGGACUCCCACUGUCGGAGGAGCCACAGCAGAGGCUCAAGUGGCAGGCUCAUCUGGAGUUCACACACAACCAUGAUGUGGGCGACCUCACCUGGGACAAAAUUGAGGUCACCCUACCACAUUCAGACAAGCUGCGUUCCCUGGUGCUGGCUGGCAUCCCACAUAGCAUGAGACCACAGCUGUGGAUGCGCCUUUCAGGGGCUUUGCAGAAGAAGAGGAACUCAGAGAUGUCAUAUCGAGAUAUCAUGAAAAACAGCUCUAACAAUGAAACCAUUGCUGCCAAACAGAUUGAAAAGGACUUGCUACGCACAAUGCCCAGCAAUGCCUGCUUCUCCAACAUGAAUAGCAUCGGGGUGCCACGGCUGCGCAGGAUACUACAGGGACUUGCCUGGCUCUACCCAGACAUUGGAUAUUGUCAAGGCACUGGCAUGGUAGCUGCCUCUCUGCUGCUCUUCUUGGAGGAGGAAGAUGCCUUCUGGAUGAUGUGUGCUAUUAUCGAGGAAUUGGUUCCUGCCUCCUACUUCAGCACCAACCUCAUGGGCGUGCAGACAGAUCAGCGUGUCCUGCGGCAGCUCAUCGUGCAGUACUUGCCCCGCCUGGACAAGCUGCUUCAGGAGCAUGACAUUGAGCUCUCCCUGAUCACCUUGCACUGGUUCCUCACCUCUUUCGCUAGUGUUGUCCACAUCAAGCUUCUGCUGCGUAUUUGGGACCUGUUCUUCUACGAGGGCUCUCUGGUGCUGUUCCAAAUCACUCUGGGCAUGCUAAGUAUGAAGGAGGAUGAGCUGAUCCAAUCCGAGAACUCUGCCUCGAUCUUCAACACACUGUCAGACAUCCCGAGCCAGAUCGAAGAUGCAGAUGUGUUGCUGCGAGAGGCCAUGCGUGUGGCUGGCUUGCUGACGGAUGUGGCAGUGGAGACUCAGCGCCGCAAACACCUGGCCUACCUCAUCGCUGAGCAGGGGCAGCUGCUCAACUCCAGCACCACUGUCAACAGUCUAUCCAAAAUUGUGCGGCGCAGGACUCAGCGCAGGAAAUCUGGCAUCACCUCUCUGCUUUUUGGAGUUGAUGAUCUUGAGGCACUGAAAGCCAAGAACAUCAAACAGACAGAGCUGGUAGCUGACCUGCGUGAGGCCAUUCUCCAGGUGGCACGGCACUUCCAGUGCGUGGAUCCCAAGAACUGCAUCAUUGAUCUGACCCCAGACUACAGCAUGGAGAGCCAUCAGCGGGACCAUGAGAACUAUGUGGCCUGUUCCCGCAACCGGCGCCGCCGAGCCAAGGCACUGCUGGAUUUUGAGCGCCACGAUGACGAUGAGCUGGGCUUCCGCAAGAACGACAUCAUUACGAUCAUUUCCCAGAAGGAUGAGCACUGUUGGGUGGGAGAGCUGAAUGGACUGAGAGGUUGGUUUCCUGCAAAAUUUGUGGAGAUCUUGGAUGAACGGAGUAAAGAGUACUCCAUCGCUGGAGAUGACUCUGUCACAGAGGGGGUGACAGACUUGGUGCGAGGGACACUGUGUCCAGCCUUGAAAUCCAUAUUUGAACACGGAUUGAAGAAGCCGUCUCUGCUAGGUGGGACCUGCCACCCUUGGCUGUUCAUUGAAGAGGCUGCAAGCCGGGAAGUGGAACGGGACUUUGACUCCGUGUAUUCUCGCCUCGUGCUCUGCAAGACUUACAGGCUUGAUGAAGAUGGCAAAGUCCUCACUCCAGAGGAGCUACUUUAUCGGGCGGUUCAGGCUGUGAACAUGACACACGAUACUGCACAUGCACAGAUGGAUGUGAAGCUUCGUUCUCUCAUCUGUGUUGGACUCAACGAACAGGUGCUGCAUUUGUGGCUGGAGGUGCUCUGCUCAAGCCUGCAGACCGUAGAGAAAUGGUUCCAUCCCUGGUCAUUCCUGCGCAGUCCUGGUUGGGUGCAGAUCAAAUGUGAGCUGAGAGUCCUUGGCAAAUUUGCUUUCAGCCUCUCUCAGGACUGGGAGCUGCCAAUAAAGAGGGAGGAGAAGGAGAAGAAGCCACUGAAGGAAGGGGUGCAGGACAUGCUUGUGAAGCACCAUCUCUUCAGCUGGGACAUAGAUGGGUGACCCCCACCUCAUCCUGGGGACCUUCUUGAUGGCACAUACUCCUCCACCCCCUCAUGUCUCAUCCCCUGCCCUUCCCCACCCACCUGUAUCUGUGACAAAAUGCCCCCGCUGGGGGCUGCCAGACCACCUGGGAAUGAUGGAGCAGUGCUGAGAGGCUGAGCUGCAGACCCAAGGAGGUUGAUGGUUGAGGGUGAUGCUGCAAAGGGACAAGUGUGUUCUGGCUACAAAAAGCAAGUGCCCCCUCCCAACUUUCCACAUCUCUGAUACCCCCAUCUUCUGCUUUCCUCAGCCCUGCCACCCCACCAGUGCCCAGGGCAGCAGCCUGGCUGGAGCCAUUGUGCACUAUUUCCUGGGCUGGCAGUCACGUGGGGGUGUGAGCAUGUCUAUGGCUGGCGCUGUGGGGAAGAGAUGGCCCUUUUGGGGUGGCUUUGAUCCAUUAGAGCUGGUGCCAUUGACAGGUGGCACUGCAGCUGCAUGUGGAAUUGGGCUGGUGAGAGACUUACUGCUGUACAGGAGCAGGGAGCACACAUCCCCUCCCCAUGACAGCCAAGGUCUCUCCUCUGCUGGGAGACACAUGGGCAAGUUCCUUUGACCUGGAGCUGAGAAGGGGGAACUGGCAUCAGUUUCAUCCCACCUCCCUGGCACUGGUGUGGGGUGUUGACAAGAGUUGCCCAAAUUUACCAGCCUGCUACCACUGUAACAGCCUUAGGGGAUGGUCCUUGUCUCCUCUACGAGCAGACAAAAACCACCUCUCCCCUAAACAAGAGUGUUUCAUGCUGUCAUUUUAGUCUCUAGAUGAUUUUUACUGUUACCUAAAAAGCUGUAGAUUUACUCCAGGAACAUGUAUAUUUUGGCACCAUUUCAGCUCAGGACGAGGUUUAGGCUGGAACCUGGCUCAGGGAGACUAACUUGUCCUCCUUGCCCUGUGAUGGCAACAGGGACACGGGUCAGGAGUGGAGAAUUGCUGCUUUGUGGUGGUGGCUCUGGAUAUGGAGUCUGUGACUUUCUACUGAAAGUGCUUGUCUGUGAGCACAAACUACUGCUGGGAUAACAUUAGAUUCUUACUUUCCUUUAUUUGGUGGGUUUGUAAAUAAAAACUGCAUCUUGGGAGA